AUGUUGGUAGAAGAAUUAGCCAAAUCGACCGAGCUAUCAGCGAAUGUCACCAAAGCGAAUAAGAAGGACGCUGCUGGCGAAUCGGCAUCUGUCGAACAAAACACGGUUGAAGAAGUAAAAAAAGAGUUGGACAAAGCGGUUAAAAAUCUCAACGGUUCCGUUGUCGAUGGCAACCAGAAGCUGACAAAUGCUGUCUCUGAUCUCUCUGAGUCUGGCUCUUUUCAUGAUGUUUUCUGUAAUUUCGCAGCUCUGCGAAAAGCGCGCGUAUCUCCGAUGUUCAGCGCCAAGUUUUUGAAAUCCGUAUUAUUUGUGGUUGGCAGGCAGUUAUGGAGGCGUCUCGCAUGCACUGCAGUAGACUGCAACAAUCGGGGAACAUGCAUAGGCACCAAGCAAACUCAUAUCUGUGCUUGUCAGCUAGGAUUUUCGGGAAGCAGCUGUGAAGAAACGGUGUGCGAUUCGAAUCGCGACUGCAAUGGACGAGGCAUUUGCUUUGGCACAACUUCAUCAUUCACUUGUAUUUGCAACCUCGGCUUCUCCGGAAAUCGUUGUGAGAGAAUCUGUAUUAUGUCGAAAAUCACUAAAGUAGCUGCAACUCUCUAUUCACUUCCUAGUGAAAACGCGGUUUACUCCGAAUAUGAAAGGCGUAGGGAAAGAACAAGAAAAACACUAGUUCUUUCCCCAUGA